GUGGCACAUAACUGCCCAGUUCUGAGACCACAGAAAAUCCACUCGAAAAACUGAAAGUUGUUUGAAAAUUCGGAGGUUAAUUGAAAGUUGGAGUUGCCUUUACUCAUACUGCUUCACACUAGUGACCUUGGUGGACAUUUAGUUUACGGGUUUUCGUUUCCCAGCAUGAAUAUUCUGCAUACAGUUGUUUGUGAAUUUGUACCAGACAUGCUACGUUCAGUACCGAUACCUAAGUCAUUCGGAGACAUUUUCCGACUUUCAUUCAAGGAUAUCAUAGCACUUACUGCUUUCGGCUCUUUGAGUGGCGCUGUUGGUUAUGCUGUAUACACUACUGCAUUACUUCAUCUUGGAAAGAGGAAAACACCUAUUAACUAUGCCGUAAAAAAACAUAUAACUAAGUGUGUUGAUGUGGUUGACAUUGAAUCAAUAACGGAUAAGAAAGUCUACUGUCGGUGCUGGAGGUCGACUAAGUUUCCCUAUUGUGAUGGGGCCCAUAACAAACACAACGAGGAAACUGGGGACAACGUGGGUCCUCUCAUAAUUGAGACAAAGAAAUCAUCAUGAAAUCAGUAAAUGUGUAUUUACAUCAUGGUCGCACCGUAGUUACUAUAAUAUUGUAACGACCAUAACUUCCUGUCUUAUCUGCAGCUUCUAUAUUGUUGGUGUUAGGGUAUAUAACGUGACUAUCAAAAAGCCAGGGGUAUGCUUUCCCUCUUUUAAUAAAGUAACAACAUUGUGUA